AGGCAGCUGCACGGCUGGCGUUAACAAUACUAACUGCGGUUGUGGAUUUAGCUGCCAAAUAUCAACGUCAAUUCGACAAGUUGGCAUUAUGCCGUACGUACAACUCGACGCAGCACUGCCGCGUUCACGUCAGCCUGUGCACUCGGUCACCUGUCGGGGCGUGAAAAUUAUUAGUGUGCGAUUGUUUUCGAAGUGCGCGGGCAAUUAAAGUUUCAGAGCCGUUGACGAGUGAAGUCUAAUGGCUGCUUGAUGCAAGUCACGACAUAAAUUGCAUGUCCAGGCAGUUAAACGACAUGAAAAAUACGCAGAAGAGACGGCUAUAGUGUGUGCAUGUGUGUGUGUGUGUGUGGAAAAUACAGACGUGUCAGUUACUCCAGUGGAAUUCAAAGUACAACAGCAAUAAUUGGUUCAGUGGAUCACUUCAAGAAUAUUUAUCAAAAAUGGAACUGACAUAUGGAACACUGACUGCCCAGAAGACUUAGCGGAACCAAGAACCAGAGCGAAAUAUCUCUCAACGCGCAUUUAAUGAGACACUGCCAGUGUCUGCAUAUGGGACUCGAGCCAACUACAAAUGGCAACAGGCUGAAAUUUAUGCGAAAAGUUGCACAAAGUAAUAAGCGCACAAAACAAAACGAAACGAAACGAAAGGAAGUGAAGCAAAACGAAGCGAAGCAAAAGUAAACAGCAAUGCCAACAAAUCCCAUAAACAAAAGGCGCACAAACUGAAACGAACAACUAUCAAAUAGGGCUCACCAAAGAAAAUCACUUAAAUCGGCAGGAAAACAGAUUACGAGGAGACGAGGCGACGACGCCAAGGACGCCAAACGCAUUACAAUUUCCACCCAGAGCAGGACUACGUAUCAUUAGCUGGGCAUAGGGGAUUAUUAUGUCAUAAAUAUGAAACACAUAAGCGAUAUACGCAUCAUUGUGCUCAUUUGCUGUUUGCUACAAGGUUUCGCACUGGGCGUGCGCAUGAUCAAAGUCUCCAUACCCGCCUUCAAGAUGCGAGGCGAGUCGGCCUUCAUGGAAUGCCAAUACGAGCUGAAUCGCACGCACGGUCCACAAAUCAUCAGCACUGGGCAUCGGGAGCGCGAUCGCUACACGCCGCAUGCCGGCAGCGAGCUGCACUACGUGGACUCGGCGGACGUUGAGAGGCAGCCGGUGCACCGGCGCGCGCAUCAGGGCAAGCGACAAUAUCAACAGCGACGACAGCAGCAUCAGCCAAUGGCCAUGCGCCAGUAUCAGAGCCAGAGUCUGAGUCAGACGGAGCGACACAAUCCUCCGCUGCCCGAGAAGUCGCCCUAUGGGCACAGCGUGUACAGGGGCAGCGCAGCGUCCGGUUACCUGGGUGGGCGUGUCGGCGCCAGUGUGCACAGCAGUGGUGCAGGUGGAGGUGGCAAUGGUGUGGGUGGCAGCAGUGGCUCCAGUGGAUCCAUUUCCUAUAUGCCCGACUUUGGCAGAGACGAUCGAUACGAUGAGAGCGACGAGGAGGUAGAGGAGGAGACGCAAGAGGAGGGCGAGUCGCUCUACGCCAUCAAGUGGUACAAAGACAACGAGGAAUUCUAUCGCUAUGUGCCAAAGGCGCGUCCGCCCAAGACGAGCUACCGCGUGGACGGUGUGCGCGUGAUUGAGGAGCUAUCUGAUGCCAGUCGCGUGCUGCUGCGUGGUCUCACCCUCAACUCGACUGGCCUCUACCGCUGUGAAGUCUCCGCCGAGGCGCCAAACUUCUCAUCUGUGCAGGGCGAGGGUCGCAUGGACAUUGUGUUUCUGCCCCGCGACGGACCCCACAUUCGAGGGCAACAGCACCAGUAUCAAAUCGGUGAAUACUUAACCUUAAACUGCACAUCGGGGAAAUCACACCCAGCAUCGCAUCUACAGUGGUUCGUCAAUGACCAGCCGAUACUGGAGGAGCAAUACCUGCACAGAUACAACGAUAUCGUGCACAAGCACGGGCUAAUCACCUCGAUACUCGGCCUGCAGCUGGAGCUGGAGCCGCGACACUUCCAUGACGGCGACAUGCGCGUCAAGUGCCUGGCUAGCAUAUCGCCGGUGCUGUGGAAGGGCGGCCGGGAGAGCAUUCUACAGCGUCGUCCUGGCAUUAUUGACAAUCGCGAGACAAUGCUGCUGGUGCGUAGCGAUGCCGGACAGAUUGAGAGCAAUUUACUGCGCCUGCUGACCAUCACCAUCAUCCUGGCGCGCAUCAGCCGGUGGCUGCUUCAGCCGGAGCUGACCUAGGCUGGCUUCGGUUAAAGGAGCUAAGGGCGAACGCAUGAUUUUCGAACCGAUUCAAUUCAAUUCAAUUAAAUUCAAUUCAAUUGCAAUUGCAGAGCAUCAAAGGUGAUUUUGUAUACUUAAAGUGUAAUAUCUUUAGUUUCUAAGCGAUAACCGAUAACAGGAAACUCCCCGGCAACCACUCAACUUGAUGGCCCAAUCAGUAAGCAUAAGUGUCUGAAUGUGUAGUGGUAACUCAAGGUAGAAAAAAAAUAUAUGAAAGAAAGAGGAAUGCAAAUAUAUACUCACACACAGACAGAUAAUAGUUAUAACAAUCCAUAUUCAAAUUGAAAUGUGUCGUAACUUUAGACAAAAUGUGGUAAAUCUAGUGCAAAUAUCGUGUCUCUGGCAUAUACAGAUACGCACACACACACAAGCGAAAGCGUAAAGUUUUCAAAUGCAUAUCUAUCAUUAACUGUUAACUUUCAGACGAGAGGAAAAUGGCAGACGGCAGACGGCAGACGGCGAGAGGAGCACCGUACGAAAAUACGAAAAUAGUUAUU